CAGUUGAAUCUCAACUGCACGGUGAGUAAGUACCACAGUGUCCGUCCCAUUGCCGACCGUGCCGUUGUCUCUGUGUGCUCUAGUGUGUUGCUGUAGUGUGCUUGUGUACUUAGAACUGCCAAAGGAUCAGGAAGCGAUCAGCUCAACCAGCCAGUGUGUCCGUCGUUUUGCCAAACAGAGGGGCACAGUAGUGCCAAGUGAUAUGAGCUAGAGAAAGAGAGAGAAAGCCCAAAAAGCGUUUGUGUGGAAAUAGUGGCCAAAGCAAAGCAGCGGCGUGUGCCUGUAUGUUGUUGUGCUGGUAGUCGACAGCCGUUACACCAACCAGCAGGAUGUCUGCAAACUGCGAAAUUACCAUCACUGGACCGCAGGAGGCACAAACCAAGAGCAGCCUCAUUGUGGUCUCCAACCGGUUGCCGUUCGUGCUCAAGCGAGACCCCAAGACGGGCAAGCUGAGUCGUCAUGCUAGUGCCGGCGGAUUAGUCACAGCAGUUGCACCGGUCGUGAUCAAGGGCAAAGGGCUGUGGGUUGGCUGGUCCGGAAUUACGCUGACGGACGAGAACGAACCAAUUCCGGAGUCGGACCCAACGGACAACACACCAACUGCCGGGUUGCUAUCGGAGCAGGUCGUCUCGGUAAACGUGGAGCCGAAGCUGUUCGAUAGCUACUACAAUGGCUGCUGCAACGGUACGUUCUGGCCACUGUUUCACUCGAUGCCGGGGCGGGCCACGUUCUGUGCCGACCACUGGAAGUCGUACUAUGAGGUGAACAAAGAGUUUGCGGCCCGCACGAUCGAAGCGUUGGCGAUCGCUGUCCGCAAGAACACGCACCCGGGCGUGCCACUGAUCUGGAUCCACGACUAUCAUCUGAUGCUGGCCGCGAACUGGAUCCGGGAGGCGGCCGACGAGCGGAAUCUACCGUACCAGAUGGCGUUCUUCCUGCACAUCCCCUUCCCGCCGUGGGAUAUCUUCCGCCUGUAUCCGUGGUCGGAUGAAAUCCUGCAGGGUAUGCUGGCGUGUGAUAUGAUCGGGUUUCAUAUUCGCGACUAUUGCCUGAACUUUGUUGAUUGCUGUCAGCGUAAUCUUGGAUGUCGUGUGGACAGGAAGAACUUACUGGUGGAGCACGGUGGACGAUCGGUUCGUGUGCGGCCGCUGCCGAUCGGCAUUCCGUUCGAUCGGUUCGUGGAGUUGGCGCACUCUGCGCGGAAGGUGAUCAACACGAACCAGAAGAUCAUUCUGGGGGUGGAUCGGUUGGACUACACCAAGGGGUUGGUCAAUCGGCUGAAGGCUUUUGAGGUGCUGCUGGAGAAGCACCCGGAGCAUCGUGAAAACGUGAGCCUGCUGCAGAUUUCCGUUCCCUCGCGAACGGAUGUCAAGGAGUACCAGGAAUUGAAGGAAGAGAUGGAUCAGCUUGUGGGUCGGAUAAAUGGACGCUUCACAACUGCGAACUGGUCUCCGAUCCGGUACAUCUAUGGGUGUGUUGGACAGGAAGAGUUGGCCGCCUUCUAUCGGGAAGCUUCCGUGUGUCUGGUGACGCCACUCCGCGAUGGUAUGAACCUAGUGGCGAAGGAGUUCGUCGCCUGCCAGAUCAAUGAGCCGCCGGGUGUGCUGAUCGUGUCGCCGUUCGCUGGAGCUGGUGAAACCAUGCACGAGGCCCUCCUCUGCAAUCCGUACGAGCUGGAUGCAGCAGCUGAGGUGAUACACCGUGCGCUCACAAUGCCGGAAGACGAGCGAACGCUCCGGAUGUCACGUAUGCGACGUCGCGAGAUGCAGCACGAUGUGAACAGCUGGAUGCGGCAGUUCCUGAAGGCGAUGGGUUCGCUCGAAGAGGACGACAUCGGUACGACCACGAUGCAACCGGUCACUGUGGAUGAUUUCGAUGACUAUCUGCUCAAUUAUAUCGGCUACAACCAUAAGCUUGCCCUUCUCCUCGAUUACGAUGGUACACUGGCCCCGAUAGCACCCCAUCCCGAUCUGGCGACUCUUCCGCCGGAGACGAAAAACGUGCUGCAACGGUUGUCCAACCACUCGGACGUGUACAUAGCCAUCAUCUCCGGGCGCAAUGUGGAGAACGUGAAGCAGAUGGUAGGGAUCGAGGGUAUCACUUAUGCGGGCAACCACGGACUGGAGAUUCUCCAUCCCGACGGUAGCAAGUUCGUGCAUCCGAUGCCGAUCGAGUACGAGGACAAAGUCAGUGGACUGUUGAAGUCGCUCCAAGAUUCGGUUUGUGGUGAUGGCGCCUGGGUCGAGAACAAGGGACCACUGCUGACGUAUCACUAUCGCGAAACACCGCCCGAGCUGCGCCCGGCCAUGGUGGAAAAGGCACGCCAGCUGAUCAUCCAGUUCGGGUUCCGUGCGGCGGAAGCACACUGUGCGAUCGAGGCCAAACCCCCGGUACAGUGGAACAAGGGCCGCGCAUCCAUCUACAUCCUGCGCACGGCGUUCGGUGUGGAUUGGAGUGAGCGCAUCAAGAUCAUCUACGCCGGUGACGAUAUGACCGAUGAGGACGCCAUGAUGGCCCUCAAAGGUAUGGCGGCGACGUUCCGCGUCACAAACUCGCAGAUCAUCAAGACGUCCGCCGAGCGGCGCCUGCCAUCGACCGACUCCGUGCUGACGAUGCUCAAGUGGGUCGAGCGACACUUUAUGCGCCGCAAGCCGCGCGCCAACAGUCUCACGUACCGCGGCAAGAAGAAGGACUGCGUCAAGAUGCAGAUGGCCUUCGAUCUGGUGCCGAACACGAGUGCGGCCAACAGUGCCGCCAGCAGUUCCGAUGAGCGUGAUUGAGGUGGGGUGGCAUUGGUGCCGAAACACCCUUUUAAUGUAUAAGUGGUUAGCUUUAUUCCAUUCCCCAAUUCCUUGCCCUUUCCUUGCCAAAACCUUGCGUUUUGCGUAAUUUUAUUAGUCUACUCUUAGUUGGUUCUUGAAGCAAAAGUUUGCCUUAGAAUUGCUUUUAUUAAGCCUUUCUUAUGGUUUGGUUUGUUUUUUGUUCGAAAACAUGCCCUCGCUGUAUGUUUCUGUUAUGUUUUAGCGCGUUUCGAAGCAUGUUUGUAUUGUUUCACACACACACAGACGUUAAAAGGGGGUAGCGUUUAAGUUUUACGAAUAGAAAGCUUGUGUGAAUGUUGGAUGCAAGCAAGGAACCUUUCUUUCGGGAACAUUGAUGAUAUUCGGAAUCAAACAGGAAUGUUUUUAGAAUUAGGUUUAGAGAAAGUGCAAUAAAUUCUUAGUUGGUUACUAAGCAAAACUA